AGAAGUGUGCCAUCCCCCUAUCCCCGACCCCCCACCUGGGCCAGCCCCGCCGGCCGCCCUCCGCAGGGGUCCGGCCGCGGAGCGCCGCCCUGCUCCGCGGGACCCCCCGCCGGCCCGGGGCGGCCGGCUGCGAGCGGCGGGGAGGGCGGCGAGGGCGAUUCGCCUGCGAAGAAAUGCCCUGUUGAACUUUGAAUAUAUUAGUUGACAUCAGUGCGAGUUGGGGCUGCCAGCCCCUAGCUCCCUCCUCCUUCCCUACCUCCUCCUCCUCCGCCUCCUCCCUCUCCUCCCCCCGGUCUCCGAUGGAAAGAGUUGAAGCCGUGCUGAUAGGAGCCUCCUGGAAGAGACAGCGGAGCGCAGGGGAGGACUUCGGUCCCAACUCCGGCCGCGCCGCGGGGACGCUGCCCGCCGCCGCUCGCAUGGCCCGAGGCGGCGCUCCCUAAGCGCCGCGCUGGGGAGAGCCGCCGCUCCGCUCCCCUGCUCGCCCCGCGCCGAGCCCAGCCCCGCCGAGCCGAGCCGAGCCGCGCCGCGCCGAGCCGCGGCUGCCCCCGCUCCUGCGGCAGCCGGAGCGCGAUGUGCCGGUGAGCCCCGCACCGGGAGCCCGGCGGCCACCCCAUAAAUCAUCCACAAACAAGCUUAUGAGAAAAAUAGAAGGAAGAAGGCCAAAGAGGCAUGCCAGAGAAGGAAGUUUGCAGAGUGCAAGGGGUUCAGAGAAGACUGCAGUGGGACUGCCUCUGAGAGGGAGCGUUUACAUCACUAAUUCUUGACGGGUUUACCUUCUGGGACUCUGACCUUAGACUGCUGCCGGGGCAUUUGUCUUGGACUUGGCCUCUGGACUGGAUUUUCCCUGGAACGUGACUUCGAAUAUGACACUUCAGUAAUGCAGAGGCUGUAUCCUCCCUGGGCCUACCUUGGAAGCUAGAUCUGCAGCCGCCCUUCAGUCAUGGUUGUUUCAAGAUUAAAGGCCAUUUCCCUGUCAUUGCCAAGCCUUUUUCUUCUUGCUUUUCAUCUCUCAGCAUCACAGAAUGUACCUGAAUACUCUGAAGCUGAACAUCAGCAAUGCAUCAGGAAAGAACAUCCCACAAUUGCUUUUGAAGAUCUGAAGCCCUGGGUGUCGAAUUUCACCUAUCCAGGUGUGCAUGACUUUUCUCAGCUUGCACUGGAUGCCAACAGGAACCAGCUCAUUGUGGGAGCAAGGAACUACCUCUUCAGACUUAGUCUACACAACGUUUCUCUUAUUCAGGCAACAGCAUGGGGUUCAGAUGAAGACACCAGGAGGUCCUGUCAAAGUAAAGGGAAAACAGAGGAAGAGUGCCAGAACUAUGUCCGAGUGCUGAUUGUUUAUGGCAAGAAGGUUUUUACCUGUGGUACCAAUGCCUUUUCACCGGUGUGUUCCAGUCGACAGGUAGGAAAUCUUAGCAAAAUCAUUGACAGAAUUAAUGGAGUGGCUCGGUGCCCGUACGACCCUCGGCAUAACUCGACAGCUGUGAUUACAUCACGAGGAGAACUCUAUGCUGCAACUGUAAUUGAUUUCUCUGGACGGGAUCCUGCUAUUUACCGCAGCCUUGGAAAUGUUCCCCCACUUAGGACAGCACAAUACAACUCCAAAUGGCUCAAUGAGCCUAACUUUAUUGCUGCCUACGACAUUGGUUUAUUCACCUAUUUCUUCUUCCGUGAGAAUGCGGUAGAACAUGACUGUGGGAAAACAGUGUAUUCUCGUGUGGCAAGGGUUUGCAAAAAUGAUAUUGGAGGGAGAUUUUUGCUGGAGGACACAUGGACAACUUUCAUGAAGGCCAGGCUGAACUGCUCCCGUGCUGGAGAAAUCCCUUUCUAUUAUAAUGAAUUGCAAAGCACCUUCUACCUUCCUGAGCAAGAUCUGAUCUAUGGUGUCUUCACUACUAAUGUAAACAGCAUAGCUGCCUCAGCAGUGUGUGCCUUCAAUCUUAGUGCCAUUACUCAGGCAUUUAAUGGCCCUUUCCGUUACCAAGAAAACCCAAGAUCAGCCUGGCUGCCAACAUUAAACCCCAUCCCUAAUUUCCAGUGUGGGACGCUGAGUGAUGACAGCCCCAACGAGAACCUGACGGAGAGAGUCCUGCAAGAUGCACAGCGCUUGUUCCUGAUGAAUGAUGUCGUGCAGCCGGUGACUGUAGAUCCGUACGUGACUCAGGACAGCAUUCGAUUUUCCAAGCUGGUGGUUGAUAUUGUUCAGGGGAAGGAUACUCUCUACCACGUGAUGUAUAUUGGAACAGAGUACGGCACCAUCUUGAAGGCCCUUUCUAGCACUAACAGGAGCCUAAGGAGCUGUUAUUUAGAGGAAAUGCAGAUCCUCCCCGAUGGACAACGGGAAGCAAUCAAGAGUCUCCAAAUCCUGCACAGCGACAGGUCGCUCUUUGUGGGCUUAAAUAAUGGAGUGCUUAAAAUUCCUCUGGAGAGAUGCUCCAUGUACAGAACAGAAGGGGAAUGCCUAGGAGCCAGAGACCCCUAUUGUGGCUGGGAUAACAAGCAGAAGCGAUGCACCACCAUUGAGGACAGCUCCAACAUGAGCCUGUGGACUCAAAAUAUUACUGAGUGCCCAGUGAAAAACCUGACGACAAAUGGAAGACUGGGGCCUUGGUCCCCAUGGCAACUGUGUGAGCAUUCAGAUGGGGACAGCACAGGCUCCUGUAUGUGUAGGUCACGUUCAUGUGACAGCCCUCGUCCUCGCUGCGGUGGUCGCGGCUGUGAAGGGGCCAGGAUCGAGGUCGCAAAUUGCUCAAGAAAUGGCGCCUGGACACCCUGGUCUUCCUGGGCCCCGUGUAGCACCUCCUGCGGAAUAGGCUUUCAGGUCCGCCAGCGAUCCUGCAGCAACCCUGCUCCACGGUACGGGGGCAGGGUCUGUGUUGGACAGAGCAGGGAAGAAAGAUUCUGUAAUGAGAACAGUCCGUGUCCAUUACCGAUUUUUUGGUCUUCAUGGGGUCCUUGGAAUAAAUGUAGUGUGAAUUGUGGUGGAGGGAUUCAUUCAAGGCAGAGGUCCUGUGAAAACGGAAAUACAUGUCCAGGCUGUGCUGUGGAAUAUAAGACGUGCAACCCAGAGAGCUGCCCGGAGGUGCGCAGGAACACACCCUGGACCCCUUGGAUGCCUGUCAACAUCACCCAGAAUGGUGCCCGCCAGGAGCAGCGCUUCCGUUACACGUGUCGUGCUCAGCUGUCCGAUCCCCACGAGCUGCAGUUUGGGAGGAAGAAAACUGAGAGUCGAUUCUGCCCCAAUGAUGGCUCAGCAGUGUGUGAUACUGACUCUCUUGUUGAUGACCUCCUCAAGACUGGUAAGACUUCUGCACGGAUUAUCAAUGGGGGCUGGUCCUUUUGGGGGGCCUGGUCUUCCUGUUCCAGGGACUGUGAGUUGGGCUUUAGGAUCAGGAAGAGAACAUGCACAAACCCCGAACCUAAAAAUGGUGGCUUGCCCUGUGUGGGGUCAGCGAUGGAGUACCAAGACUGCAAUCCGCAUCCCUGCCCAGUUACCAUUUCCUGCACAGCCAGCAGGGAGUAUUCUUGCCUGGUUUCCUGGUUUUCGAUGAAAGGCUCAUGGUCUUGCUGGACUCCUUGGUCUCACUGCUCAGCAACCUGUGGAGGAGGACACUACCAGCGCACGCGGACUUGCACCAAUCCAGCUCCGUCUAGCGGAGAGGAUAUCUGCAUUGGUCUGCACACCGAGGAGGCCCUUUGCAACACGCACCCAUGUGAAGGUGGCUGGUCAGAGUGGUCAGAGUGGAGCCUGUGUAAUGAAGAGGGCAUCCAAUACCGCAGCCGUUACUGCGAGGUACACAGCCCAGACUCUUCUCAGUGCGUCGGAAACAGCACGCAGUACCAAGAUUGCCUGUAUAAUGAAAUUCCUGUGAUCCUGCCAGCCUCCAGCAUUGAUGAGAGCACGAACUGUGGAGGUUUUAGUCUCAUCCAUCUGAUUGCCACUGGAGUCUCCUGUUUCUUCGGCUCUAGCCUCUUAACGUUUGUGAUUUACGUGUACUGCCAGCGCUGUCAGAGGCAGUCCCAGGAGUCGACCGUAAUCCACCCAACCACUCCCAACCAUCUCCAUUACAAGGGCAACACAACCCCCAAGAAUGAGAAGUACACCCCUAUGGAGUUCAAGCUUACAGAAGUGACACACUUAAUAUCGGGGGGUCCAAACCUGGAUAUCUACCAAUGGAGAUGGAGAUCAGACACUUAACAAGAACAAUUUGAUACCAGAUGACAGGACCAACUUCUACCCGUUGCAGCAAACCAAUGUGUACACGACAACCUAUUAUCCCAGUACACUGAAUAAAUAUGACUACAGGCCCGAGGCCUCCCCUGGAAGGACCUUUACCAACAGCUGAUGAUGGACAGGUCCCAGAGGACUGGAUCACUUCCUAUAUGAAUUUUUUUUUAAUUGAUUUUAUGGACCAAAUACUGGCCCAGCCUCUAGAUGUAAAUAUUGUAUAGUAGGGUCUUUUUUUUUCCUUUGGUUAAUUGUAUUUCUUGUAAACAGCACAUCUCCUUACAAGGACAAAAAUGCAUAUGGACCAUUCUACAGAGCUUUUGUGGAUAUUUGGCUGGAGAUGGCUCUUACUACUGCAACUGUUUAUGGCUGGAAGAUCAGCGUUGCUGUCCAAGGCCAACAUUGUCAAGGAGGUGGCUGUGUGCUGGGCUCAGUGGCCGCCAUGCAGCAGCACACAACACACGGGCGCACUCUAAGCAAGGCAAGAGGUGGCCUCCUGGGGCAGGGGUGUCUGUCUGGUGAGGAGCAUCCUUCCUGAGACAGGGUAGCAAUGGUGCACUGGAUGACACGCAGCUCAUGAGACAGGCCGAGUGGGACUCCAUCGUGCCAGCAACUUGAAGAACGUUUUCUUUUUCUUUUCCUUUUUUUAUUUUUGAUUUUUUUUUAAUGUUUAUGCAAAAAAACAGAAAAAAAAAAAAAGAAGUAACUUUCUAGGGCAGUGUUCCCUGUAUCUUCAACAGAAUCUUUUCAUAUUACAGGAAAUACUCUCCGCAGCCUUCUUUGGUAACAUGCAGUUCAGCUGAUGAGAAACAACACACGAACAAAGUGCAUUACCCGAAGAAGCUUUCCAGAAUGUUUCCAGUCUUAAUUAAAAGAAAAUUAUACAGGCAGUGAGACACUGAGAAAAGUAAAUGUUGGAAUAACAUCGGAGAUGUGAACUUGGAGUGCCUAACAAACAAAAAGAUGUUUAUAUCACUGGAAAAAAAAGAUGUGAUGAUUGCCGCACAAGAGCCAUGGGCUUUUUUCUUUCUUUCUUGUUCUUUUUUUUUUUUUCUGAGACAGUGUUAACUCUUUUUGUUCUAGCUUUGAUCCUGAUUGCGUCUGCCAGGAAAGGCAACUUUAGAAGCCAUGCUCUUCUUGUGGGAAAUCACCAUGCUUUGGGCUAAUUUUUCCUCUUCUUUUAUUGUUGGUUUUUAGUUCAUUUACUUUCAAAGAGUGAAUAAUUCUGACUUUGUGGGGGGAGGGUAUUUCUUAAGGAAUGUUUCCAUAGUCUGACAUGACCCAGAAAGUCUGCUGCACAUUCUUAUAGUGUCUUCCAGUCAGUACUCUAUGAAAUAGUAACGCAGCUGAGUAAUGUGCGUUGUUUGCCAAUAUUUCUUUAAUUUUUCUGAACAAAACCAACCCAACAAACAAAUGCUGCUGCAGCUAUUGAAGUAAAUUGGGGCAGUAGCAUUAUUAAACAGUAUAUCCAGCCUUGAAAUGUAAUUUUGUGUAUGUGUGUGACUGUGUCUAUAAGAACUGUAUUAGUUUGAUGCAGAAGCCAUGUUGUCUACAACCAGAUGUUUGUCUGACAUAAUUGUUUGGCAAAAAGGAAACUUAUUGCUGGUGCUUAAUGUACAAUUACAUCCAAUGUGUUAGCAACGUGAACAAGUUCACCGCUGUUAUCAUUUAGUGUUUCUAAAUAUUUAUAAUGAACUCCUGAUGCUAAGGAUUUUAGAAUGUCGCAAUACUGAGCAUGAGAUAAAAGUACACCCUGAAACACGCAUGAGCUCCACGUGGUCCCGAGCUUGGCUUUGUCGUCUGCAUCUUACUCGAGCAAUUGCCAUGCCCGUGCUUGGCCAUUGACUCGGCCGUGUUCCCAGCAGUCCCGUUUGUCUUCGCUUUAUUUCAGAUUUCGCUGUAAGCCGACACCGGUCAUUUCUCAGUGCUAUUCCUUUGCAGUUGCUUGUUUGGAAGCCCAGCUUGGGCUGUGUACUCAGCUCUUUCACGUAGGCAGCCGGCAGGAAAUGAAGAAAGGCUGUGUUGCUCGUGACAAGUACAUUGCUUUUCCUGUGAGGAAAAGCCAACAUGGCUCUGUAAGCCUGUGUUACGGUGGUUUGACCAGAAGGCAAGAAUAAAGUAGCCUCCCAUUUUUAAAUUACUUUGUUCGACUUCAGUUUGCAGUGAUUGAAGGCUGUAGGGUAUUUGUAAUAAAGUGGGGUCAUUAGCACUGCCACGAGGACACCUUAGGCUCAGUGGUGCCCAUCAUUUUCAGCAGUUGUUUUUCUAAUUUAGCAGCUCAGCCUGCUUCUGCUCUGGCCCCACCAGGUGAAAUAGAGGCAACAGAGGGAGAGAGAGAGAGGUGCCCUUAAAUAGGUGUACUCACAUUUGAAGCAGCAGGGUCAGGAGCUGAUGCAGCUCUCGAAGCUCUGUCUGAAGCAACCUGCUGCAACCCUCCACGUCGGCACAGUGGCUCAGCAGCCCUAACCCUGCCUGGCAGCGUGGCUGGGGCAAGAGCAGCAGGAGUGAAGCAGGAUCGCCAGGGAAGGGGGAGAGCACUGGUAGCAGGUACCAGCGCCUGCAGGAAGUCUCUUCCCAGGCCCCUAAAUCCCAUUUGAGGAGCGAUGCCUUUGUGCCUUGUGCCAUAACGAGUUCACCCCUUCUCACCGAAUUUCCACAUCCCCCUCAGCAACACUGAAAAUCCUGACUUAAAGUAGUUCUAAUGAGUAUGUAGCCCAGGGGUUGAAAAUUAUUACAUUAGACUAUCAGGGUGGGAUUUCCCAGCUUUAAUUUAUGUGAUUCAGAAGAAAACAUUGGCUCCCAAGAUCACUCUAGCCAUUGUAAAAUUAAAGCAUUCUCUGAGCUUCCCCUUCAGAAGAUUCCCCAUAGCGACACAGUCUGCAACUACAAUGCACGUGGCAGGAUUGCAGCUGGAGUUUGGGGGGGAUGCAAGCAAGUCAAACCUUGCAAUUAUUUUAAUUUUCUCUUUUUCCUUUCUUUUUCUUUAUUUCCCCCCCUCCUUAAACAUUUUUCCAUUUUUGGCUUCACAGAAUAACACGAUGUAAACUGAUUAUGUUUUUUUUUCCAAAGUGCCACAUAGCAGCUGAAAUUAUUUAAAUGUUCAGCUCACCAAGAUAGGUCAUUACUGCCAUUGUGCUCAGGAGGUGGAUAUUUUGUAGGCUAUUGGAGGGCAGAUGCUUCAAGGAUGGUGCAUGUGGUUAUUGUUUCAUCAAGACAUUCCUCCUUACCAGCCAUCCAAAUAGAUUCAGCCCUUUUUCAUAUAAUUGGCAAUCACAGCAAGGGUUUGUAGACUCCAUUCGAGCAGAAAGUAGAAUCUAGGAGAGGGAGAGAGAGAGAGAAAGAAAGAAAUCAGAACGCUUAUUACUCAAUUAAUGUUUGCAUGAGAGUGCAGUUCUUUAAGGACAACAUUAUUGCAGUGUGAGGGUUGCAUUUUUUAUGAGCUCUCUAAUGCGUGGCAGGUUAAUGACACCAUGUACAGUGAUAUUCUUGUGAUCCAGGUAAUUCGGCAGCUUGAUCAUCAGGUCUGUAAUAUCUGUAGCAGCUUGAAUUGCUCCUGCAGCUGGAUGUUAAACUUGCUAAAAUUUCCUAUUCCUAAGGCCAUCUUACAGUACACUGGAAUUGCAUUUAGUUCGGGAACAUUGCUUUCCAAAAGACUCAUCUUGCUGUAUAUAUUUUUUUUUUUUUUCACUCCUAAGACAGAGAAGGGGAAACCCUGGUCAGUUCCUGUGUUGGUCUAGAGGCACUGGUUCUCUGCAAACCCUUUGGAUAGGAUUCAAGUAUACAGUAUGUAAAAUAUGAUGGAAAUCUUACAGCCAAGUAUGUAGCGGAAACAUCUUUAAUUAGGCCAUUCUUCUUUCUUUUUCCAUGGAAGUGGCUGCCUUUCUCCCUCCAGAAGGAGUGUGCAUUACGGCAUUAUCCAGGCUGUGUUAUGCCGUUGCUGUUGGGCUUUACUUGAUCAACUAUCACCCAGCAGAAGUAACUUGUGCAGCUCACUAAUAGACAAACCACUUGACAAUCAAACCACAGCAGAAGAGGUGCUGUUGCUCUAAAGGUGCACUCAAAUGUUCAGUAUAUGAGCCAGGGCUGCUCUUAAAUAUAUGAACUGUACAGAUACUAUAGGAGAAGAAUACGUAUUGUCUUACCACCACUGUUCCUAAUGCCUUAUGUUCAGAAAAUGAGAUGCUUGGUUUGAAAUCAACAGAGAGUAGGAAUGGAGUCCAUGUCUGAUGCAGACAAUUUGACGCCUCCAGUGUUAAUCUGAUGUUGAGCCCACCUGGAGAGAAAAAUGCUGUCCACUGAGAUUGAUUUAUUCUUUGUACCAAAUGUAGUGGGGGGAGAGUUAUAUAUAUAUAAAUACAUAUAUAUAUAUAAAAUGUAAUUGUAAAGUUUGUGUAACAACUUACUCUUUUUUUGUAAUAGUGUAUACAUCUAUCAGUGGAUAGAUACAGUAUAUAUUUAUAAUAUAUACACACACAAUAUAUAUAUUUAGCAAAAUGCCUGCAGAGAAAACUUAGAGUAAGAAAGGCAGUGCUGGUAUUCAAAUUCCACGGGGACAAAGUGAAGAAAAAACCUGUAAAAAUCUAGUAUCCUUUCCAUUGGGUUUAAAAAAACACUUUUGAGGUAAAUGAAAUAUAAUCUUUUAAUUGAAAAGAAAAUUGAUUUUUCUAGUUAGAAAUGCUGAUUCUCCCCUAAAUCAUUCUGGUUAAGAAUGAUUAAGAAACAGAUUCUUGUUACUGCUUAUAUUUUUCUGAAUAAGCCUCCCAAAUCUCUCAUGUGUAUCACUCUAUUGUUUUUGUAAUUAUAAGUAGGGAGUAAUUGAGCAAAGAAAAUUAAAAUAGCAAGUAGGAGUAACAAAUAUUGUACCGUUAGAGCAAAAGACAUCAUCUACUAGAACGGGGAAAAUGUCAUCUUCCAUGUUAAAGAAUUUAACAACUGCCUUCUGAGUUAUUGAUUGGUAUUACAAGCUUUGCCUUAUUGUCACACUAGGAGGUUUUAGUACAAAAUUUAGGGAAGAGAAACCCUUGAAGCCCAUGGCUUUUGGUUUUUCAGAGGGGUCCAAAAAGCCACCAGGGCAUGGGAGUCAGGCACCUGGUGCCCUGGGUGUCUCCGGAGCUCCCAGCGUUAGCGGCCAAGGCUCUGCAUCUAUUCCUUGCCCCGUCGCUCCCGCCAGCCAGCCUGCAUGUACAGCAGGGCACAGCACCCCUUGGAGCUCUCUGGCAUAACAGAGAAAUACCCAGGAAAUUGGGUUUGAGGGAUUUUUUUUUUUUUUUUCCCAACAGUUCACUUUAAUGCCCUCGUGACCAAGACCCAGACUCGAACAGGUGAAUCUUCCCCUUAAGCUUGGUAGGAGGAAACUUCAGGCAGUUUCAAGAGCAGAUUUGGGGUAGGUGAGCAAAUCCACAAAUUUUGAUGCUGCCUGAUUGCCAUAGCCUUCAAAACUGGACAGAAACCCCUCUGGAGCUGGGUCCUCGUGGGGCUUACCCACUCUCAGCCGUUCCACCUGGAAAUCCCUCCUUUGGGAAAUUUUAGUGUCUGCUUUAGUCAUGGCUGGAGGAGCAAAACCAGCAAGCCACUAUUUAGGUAGCCACGACUAUAAGUGCUCAAUAGCAUUCAACAUAAGUUUGGGUCUUGCACUUGAUUUUUUUCCGUUCUGCCUCCAGCCUCAGCUGCAAAUUCACCCCUGCUAGUCAAGAGGGUUCAGUGCUGUAAGAGCAGCAUUUGGCUUUCUGCAAGUCCCAGCCACAAUUUGGUUUUAAACAAAUCUGAUAGUGAAAAGUAUUAACACUGCACUCUAGUUCUGAAACCUCCAUGAGCAGGAUGCUGUUAAUUCGCAUGCCAUGGAGUCAAGCAGAGGUUGGCAUGGGUGGGCCAUUAAUAACUGAAGAAAAAAAUGGUUUUAGUACCAAAAUGUCAAACAACGUAAAAGCCAGCCAGCUGCAUGACACUGUGAUUUCCAUCCACACACCCCUCCUUAGAUAACAUCCAAACCUGCGCAUACUUAAAAGCAAUGCAGUUAAUUAGGAGCAUUCCCACAGAGGAAGCUUCAGGGAGGCUGAACGGUAUGUGAGAUGGAAAUGAUAGUAUUUAGCUUGUAACGGAGGUGGGAGAGUGACAGAUGCAAUACUGGAUCUUGGAUACAUGGGAAAUUAUUAUGCGAACACAGAACGCUUGCCCCAAAACAGCAAAACCUGGAGAGUAUUAUUGGACUCUGUUGUGAAGGCACAUCACCCUUCCUAUGCAAUUGAACUUGAUGGUACUUUAGUAUAAAGGUGACCUAGACUGUAAUCACUGCCUUUAGACACUGUGAAUUUUUUUUGGGUACUCUGUAUUUUUAUAUAUUGUACAAUGUAAAGAAUAAUUCAGAAAUAAAACAGACCAAC